UCACCUGGCCGUCUUCCUAUCUAGCAAAACACUCACGUGAUCUGCCAGAUUCAGUGAUUCACACAAUGGUCUUGGCUGACCAACUUCAUCAAACACCACCAUCCCUCCCCUUAUCGCCAACCUUGGGAGCCAUACACAUGGCCACAUGUAGCAUCAACUGCUCUUCAUCGAUACUCUAUUCAAGUUAUCACCCAGAAUGGUGCGCCAUUCCCCCAAGCCAUCGUCUGCUGGUGUUUUGCCCAUCCCUGCGACGGCCACUCAAAAAGGAACAUCAAACAAACCGAGCUCCAGAGCUGCUGCUCCACGGUUGAAGCUACUUAUUCGAAGGCUUCCGCCUGGUCUGACGCCUCAGGAAUUUGAGGCAGUUCUGGGCGAUGAGUGGAAGGUUGGGAAUGGAAAAGUUGACUGGUUUCACUACAAGGAAGGAAAAGUUUCUAAAGACCCGGCAAAGCCUUCUCGACCUACGAGGGUAUAUCUACGUGUUACAUCUAUACCGCUAGUUGAAGAAUUAUCCGAAAAAGUCCGAGCAUCUGCAUUUCAAGAUGCGCGCAACACCAGUCGAGAUCCUGUUGUCCUGGGGCCGCCUGCGGUAGAAUAUGCGCCUUAUCCCCGUGUUCCUAGUAGCAGAGUUCGCAGGGAUGGCCGUCAGGGAACAAUAGACCUGGAUUCCGACUUCAUCGCAUUCCUUGAGAGCUUAACAAACCCUGUAACCAAGCCUGCUAUGGAUAUCGGGGCGGAGGAUACAAAGGAAGAGAAACCAACGAUAACCCCCUUAAUCCAAUUCUUAAAGGAUAAAAAAGCGAAUAAGGGCAAGGAGGCCAGUUCUCUCACAAAGCCCUCGAGACACGGUCGUGGUGAUGCGAGGGAGGGGAAAGACCCUAAAGUGGAACGGGUCCAUGCCAGGAAGUUGUUAAGCCGAGCGGACAAGGCAGCGCCCUCACCGGGAGACAGACAGUGGAAACUUGACAGGGCCACGAAGGAAGCCGUUAAAGCAGUUAACAAACAGACAGCGAACCAAAUAUCAAAGGCUCCCGGAAAGACAAUUGCAUCGCGGUUGCCAAAAGAGGAACCGCCGGCCCAGACUGCACCGCCUGCGGAGCGCAGACGAGUGCGGGGAAGUAUGAGUGCCGCAACUAAAAUUCUACGACGGGACUUGGGACUUGCUCCAACUACUCCACGCAGAAGGCCAGAGAAACCAGCGUACGGAGAGGGUGCAUCAUCACCACCGACGAGCGAGACUGCCAAAGGACUCGCGUUUUCCAACGGUGAAAGUGGUAAACGGACUUCACUGAAAGCUAGCAGGGAAACUGAAUUAGUUAGGAAGCCCGCAAUUACAAAAUCUCCCAAGGCUUCCUCACCGUCCAACACGGCAACAGGCCGUAAUGCAAACAACUCGACGAACGCGCCAGCAAGCCCGGGAAAGCUCACAACCCCGCCUGGACCGAAGCACUCCUCUCCUACACAAGCUUCUGGCAAAGCAUGUCCCCAGCCCACCGCUACACAAGCCUUUUUGAAGCAUGCUAAUCCAUCCCAAGGGGUUACUGAGGAGUUGCUCGCGAGCGGUUUUUCUACCUUUGGAAAAGUUGUGAAAGUGGAGAUAGACAAAAAGAAAGGGUUUGGGUACGUGGACUUUGCGGAGCCAGACGGGUUGGCUAAGGCUAUCCAAGCCAGCCCAGUCCAGAUAGCGCAAAGCCAAGUUGUAGUGCUGGAGAGGAAAUCGGGCGCAGCGGUUGCACAGGCACGGGGAAAUGCUAGCAAUCGGCCGAACCAACCUCCAGGGGGUGGAGGGCCAGCACCCUCACGACCGACUCGCCGAGGGAAUAGAGGCAAGGGUGGAUUUAAGAAAGGUGGAGGCGGAGGCAAUUCUGGCGGUAGUGCUGCUGGGGGAAACAAAAAUGCCUCGUCAACCUGACGAUGGCAGUAUCCUAUGUCUAGGAAUAACUUAUACCUGGUAGCGAGAGCCCUAUCUGUCGAGAUUCUCGAGCUUCUGAUGUUACGAGUUUUGGGUCGUUGGGAUUAGUAGUGGCAUAUCACGAGGAGUAAAUUUCAUUUGUCAUGUACAGUGCAUCCAUAGAGGAAUUUGCGUAAUGAUAAUCACAUGCAGUGGAGAAAAAAUUAAGUUUGCAGAAAUUUUUUUCAUUAUCUUAACUUAUGUGCUAUGUUGGUAUCUAUCGAUGGCAGAUAAACUACCGAACUCAUCAACACACAUCAACGUAACUUUUAACCGAAAAAUAUGUAAAAUACUAUACAGGACCUUUCAGACCUCCGCGGCGCCCACCAAACCAGGCCGACCGAAGUCAAGACGCCAAGGAAAGGUCAAGAUCAUCACCACUCCC